CUAUGUCCUCGGCUGAAAGUGUUAUUUGGUGUGAGGGUUUUGGGGAGGAGUUUUCUUUUCCUUUGUUUAUUUUCGGUCCAAGGUACAGUGCCAGGAGGAAGUCUGUUCACACCCUGAUCAACUUCCUGUCAGAUUCUGUUAAGUUGGCCAUUUGGCUAACAUGCAGAAACCAAACCCAAGGUGCCGGUAGCGUGGAGGAGGUGUGAGUUCUGCUGGGGCUGCUGAAGGCUCGGUUAAGGGUGGAGCACGCCUACUACAGUAUGAUGGACAAUAUGGGAGACUUCUGUCAGAGGGGGUAAAGGUCAGGAUGGCCCGGAGGACAGAGAGAUCACCGUCGUUCCUCGGAGGACAGACGCCGGCGCUGCGGUGAGUCCAGUCCGACACCCAGGACACCGGCUGCACCCCGGGGUGCAGCAGACCCCCCAUCCCCACCCCCCGGCUGCACCCUGGGGGUGGAACCUGGAACCAUCCCACCUGGGAGCCCCUGGAACCUGAAAGCCCCUGGAACCUGACAGCCCCUGGAACCUGAGAGCCCCUGGAACCUUGGAGACCUUACACACCUGGAGACCUGACUAACCUGGAGACCUGACUAACCUGGAGACCUUACCUGUAACGUGUUUGUUUGUUGGCAGAUGAAGGCGUCAGAACCGUCUCCAGCUGGACGUUUCCUCAGUCUGAGGGACAGAUGUCCUCGGCCUCAGGGCCUCUUCAGCCUCCUCAUCACCAAAGCGUGUCUGCUGGCUCUGCUGUUCGGAGUCGUCUGGUCCAUCACAGGAAGGGAGUGUUUACCUGGAGGGAACCUGUUUGGCAUCGUGAUCGUCUUCACCUGCUCAGUCCUGGGGGGGAAGCUGGUGGGGCUGAUCCAGCUGCCCAGGCUGCCCCCCUUCCCUCCACUGCUGGGGAUGCUGCUAGCUGGUCUGCUGCUCCGGAACGUUCCCUACGUCACCGACGCCAUCGUCAUCAACACCCACUGGUCUGCAGCGCUGAGGAACAUCGCCCUGUCAAUCAUCCUGACCAGAGCCGGCCUGGGCCUCGACCCCACGGCUCUGCGCCGUCUGAAGGCGGUGUGUGUCCGGUUGGCCAUCGGCCCGUGUGUGGUGGAGGCCUGCAUCAUCGCGGUGGUUUCUCACUUCCUGCUGAAGCUGCCCUGGGUCUGGGGCUUCAUCCUGGGAUUUGUCCUGGCUGCCGUGUCCCCGGCCGUCGUCGUCCCUUCAAUGCUGCUCCUGCAGAGAGAGGGAUACGGAGUGGAGAAGGGAAUCCCCACCCUGCUGAUGGCUGCUGGGAGUUUUGAUGAUGUAUUGGCUAUAACAGGCUUCUCCACCUUCCUGGGAAUCGCCUUCUCUACAGGUUCUACGUGGAUGAACGUACUCAAAGGUCUGCUGGAAGUGGUGGGAGGGAUCGUAGCCGGACUCGUUCUGGGCCUCUUCUUGUGCUUUUUUCCGAGCAAUGACCAGGAGGACCUGGUGUUGAGGAGGAGCCUCAUGCUGUUGGGUCUGUCCAUAUUUUCAGUCUUCUUCAGUCACGUUGUUGGUUUUGCUGGAGCCGGCGGCCUCUCUACGCUGGUGCUUUCGUUCUUGGCGGGUCUGGGAUGGAAGAGCCAUAAGGCUCCAGUGGCGGCGAUGGUAGGUCGGUCCUGGGACGUCUUCCAGCCGCUCCUGUUCGGUCUGAUAGGAGCUGAAAUCACCAUAGCAACCCUCAACGCCAGCACCGUGGGUCUGGGCGUGGCCUGCAUCAGUGCUGGUCUCGUCGUCCGUCUCCUGGUCACCUUCCUGCUGGUUCACUUCGGAGGAUUCAACCUGAAGGAGAAGCUCUUCAUCGCUGUGGCCUGGCUGCCCAAAGCCACCGUGCAGGCUGCUAUCGGCUCCAAGGCGCUGGACAUGGCCAGGGACAAGGAGGACCCGACUCUGAUCAAGUACGGUCUGGACGUGCUAACGCUAGCCGUGCUAGCCAUCCUGAUCACGGCUCCCAUUGGAGCACUGGGUAUCGGACUGGCGGGGCCCCGGCUCCUGGCCCAGCAUGUCAGAGCAGAGGAAACAGAGGAUGGAGCAGCGCCUCCUCGAGUCGAAGCGUCCACUCAUGAAAAAGAUGACGUGACUCUGGAGAGUCGACUUUAAACUUCUUAUGUACACAUUACAGACAGUAUGUAGAAGGUCUUUUGGUGUGUUCUUCACUUUGGACCUUCUAGAAGUGGUUACUGACUGUUUAUGGUUUAUAUGCAAUAAAACGUGAAUAAAACAUAA